UAUAAUUUUGUUUUUCAUCUUCUAAAGGCUGGUUCUCUAAUCAGAUCUCUUCUUAUUCUCUAGGCUUAAUUCUCACGAUUUAAGAGGGGUUUAUCCUCAAAUUAUCUAUCACCCAAUCUUGUCAUGUAUAACCAGGUACAUGACAAUUGGUAUCAAGAGACGUUUCGAUCCAUGGGGGAUUCGAUGGCAGGGUCAGAGAAAAUCACAUCAAAAUUGGUAGAACUGAAUACGAAAAUGGUAGAAAUGAAGAAGCAAUCUGAUGAUUUAGCAUCAACGAUGCUCACCAAAGAAGUUUUCUAUUCAGUGAUGGAUUCAUAUUUUAGUAAGAAGAACUGCAGUCGUGGAGAUCCAGUAGGAGAUUCGAAGAUCACUUCGAAGUCAUCGGAUGAAGAAGAUCCUACUAAAUCAAUUGGAAUCAGCGACCUAAUUUCUACUUCUGUCGCUCAACCCUAUUAUUUUGAAGACUCCAGUGUUGUUACAUUGGAAGAAGCAAAAUCAAUUCCUACUUCUAUUCAGCAAGAUUCUUCUUCUCAAACCCUCAUUAAGGUUGAAUCUCAGAAAGUUGACUUAAUUUCCGCUGGCGCUGUUAAAGACAACGAUGGUUCAUUUGAUAGUAUGAAUUCUCAAUUUAAUGAAGCUACAGAGGCCACUGCGAAUGCUUUCAUCAAGAUAAGUCAGGUUAAAAUUGUUGAGGUUAGUUGUGAGGAAUUUAAAAGCUUGAAGGAGUUAUUGUCCACUCUCUACAAUAAAUCGAAUGAUGUUUGUGUGGAUUGUUGUUCUUUUCUCCUUGAUGACACUCGUUCAUUAUUCGACAGCAUUACUGAAAAGGUACAAUGGGGAUUUGGUUUGUGAGCUGUUUCCAAGUCAUGGGUGUCCGUCUGAACUUCAGUUUCUAAAUUCGUUGAGUAUUAGAAUUGUCUAUGCUGUUGCAAUCGAUGGUGAAUGGAAUUUGGUUGCUGAUUUUUCAGAGGGAAAUAGAUUUUUGUUUCUCUUAUUGGCUAGAGUGGUGAGCUUUAGCAAGACAUAUAAAUGGUAUGCCCAGGUGCUUAGUAUGAAGGGAGCAGAAUUUUUUUUCUUACAGCUCGCAUGUGCGGUAUAUGAAUGUCAAAAUUCUCCGCCUCGUUACAGCUAUAUGGUUACAGAUGGUGACAUUGAGGCUGGUGGUUCUCUGUUUAUGAAUAUGUCGCAGUAUACACGAGUAUUUUACCUCCUCUGUUGGAUGUAUACUAUAAUAAAUUGCUCAGGAGAAGGUUUGUGAGCAUGGGUACUGUUUAUAUGCUUAAUGGUCAAACAAUUUGGAUGUAUGCUACAAGUGGUGCGUGUUUGUCUCGACUACUUGAGAUAUCUAAUCUGCCAGCAACUAUGUCGUCUUCUCAAGUGAUUCCAUUCUGGAAUUUAGCUAGUGAGCAUGAAUAUUCUUGUUAUCUUCCAUUUUGGAGUUUGAAUAGAAAGGAAGAAGAUAUACUCUUACCUACUUCUGCAAAAUUCAAUCUGGUGGAAUUGUUCAGGGUUAUCAUUGAUAGACAAAAAAGUGAUGUGCACCAGAUUCGUUUGCAAGAGAUUCUAAAUUCUUCAGCGCUUCUAUUCUUAGUUCACACAGUUGUUAGAACUCGCUUAUCUCUUUCAUGCAUUGAUCCUUUUCAGCACUCCACAUUACUUACUUCUGCAGUAUUUUGGAGGUUUAUGAUCCCCGAGAGGGUUAUACUAACAGCGGCACACUUCAAUUGGAGUUUUCUGUGCAGUGAGUUCAGCAUUUUAGGAAGGGGGUUAUCUGUGCAUUAUCUAUUACAUGAGCCUGAUGUCUAUAGUAGUUGUCUGCUGCCAGUGGGUAUUAUAAUGGGAACUCCGACCUUAGUGGUGGUAUGUCGUUUGCUGUUUGAUAGGGGUAAAAAGCUUGACAACAUGGUGAUGACAUUUGCAACAAUUAGUGAUGCUAUACUCAAUUAUGUGCUGGCUGGGAUUUCUACUGAGGUUCGAAUUUUACAUGGAUUUACACCAAGGCACUUUUUCAGUGAAGUUUAUGUUGUCUCUUUUGUCAUCAUGUUCAUCUAUGAGGAAUUUUCUAGUUCAUUUGUGUUCGAUAGAGGGAAAUUUCUUUUAAGUUAUGAGUGGGGAUUGUGGUACCUAAUGAGAAGGGAUUAUAGUUGGAUAUUAUCCAUCCUUUUGACGCUAGUGCGAGUUCAUCUCACAAAUAUUGAAGCUCAUUUUUCUGGUAAGGUUGAAAUUUCAGAUGGGGUUGCACCAAGGACAUUUCUUACGGAAGUUUUUGCUGUCUCUUUGGUUAUAAUGUUCACAUAUGAGACUGAGGGUCUAUACUACAGCUCGUGAGCAGCUGGAAUGGCAUGUAUUCAAGAGCUUAUUUCCUUGUCCAAUUCUGGGAGCUAAAGGAAUGGUGAACCAGCUACAUCAUCUCAGUUUGUAUAAGGUCAAGACUGAUAGGGAAAGAGAUGUUUACAUGAGUGCAUACCAAGCAGCGAAUUAUGAAGAUAUUGGACCUGUUAACCGUGAGAAAAUAGUACGCUCAAGGAAGUCGAGUUCACUGGUCACAUACAAGGAAAAAGUUGCGACAAGGUAUGAGCAUUGCAGGUCACAGGGACGAGAUCAGAUGAUUGAUGGGCUUGGUAUUGUAGUAUAUAAGGGCCUCACAAGGAUAUUCAUUAGCAUUAUGACUAUUGGGCUUCUCAUGUGUUUAGAAAGAGCUAACACUACUAUGUCAUGUACCGGUGCUGGAGGGGGUGCUCGUCUGCAGACCACAAUCCUUGCUCCUCCUGCAUUGCUCCUGCAGUUGUCACAAGCGGCUACCUAUCUCUCAAAGUCAAUUUUCGCGACUCUCAUCCUUGAGGACAAGGAUGCUUUCAAGGGGAGUGGAAUGUCAUGUACUGGUGUUGGAGGGGGUGCCCAUAUCAUAUUCAAGUUGGUUAUUAGUUUAGUUGUUAGUUGGACUUGGCUUUUAUCAAGAACCAUAAUUUUGGGCAUACCAAAAUCUUUCAAGGUAUACUGAAUGAAGACAAAAAAGGUUGUUGAAUAGCAAAAUCAGAUAACCCCUUAACCCAAUUUUUUUUUAAUGGCAAA